AUGGCCGCAGCUUCGGGGUAUGGACCCGUGAUCUUCAGUUCCCAUGAGGCUUCAAGGUCUCGGUCCCCGGGGAGUUUCCUCAUGUUAUUAGUUACCUUGUUGGCUCUUUUGGCCAACGCGACCGCUGUCUCGAUCAACAAUCCCAUCAUAACGCCAGACAGCUUAGGAGGGGCGGCUGCGAACAACCACCCAUCAAAUUUGGAAAUCAGAUCGAACGGCCCACGAGGGUCUGAAGCUCCAUGGGCUCCCAGAAGAGCUCUUGCCAUCAGGCCGAGGGGCACGCCCGUCAUACAUAAACGCGCGACGCCUCCGAUCCCAUCGCCAACCGCACAGGUCACCUCAGGACCGGGCAGCUCACCUAUCCACUGCCCAGCCGACAACCUCACCGUCUUCACCGAGCCUUCGACAUCCAAGCGCUACGUCGUUAUGUGUGGGCGUGACUACCACUCGUCCCUCGGCGCUAUAGAUUUGUACAAUGUAGCAGCAAAAUCACUCAACGAUUGCAUCGACGUGUGCGCGAAGGAUAACAGUGGAUGCACGUCGGUGGGCUGGGGGUAUAUGGACGAUACAGCAGGGUUCAGGUGCUUUCUCAAGAGCUCUAUCGGGGAACCUCACGACUCUGCGGGUUGGAUGUUUGCGGUUGAGGACCCCAGCCAGCCGGGAAACCCGGCCCCGCCCCCAAGCCAGGGAUUGAGUGCGGACGCAAAGGCUGGAAUAGGUGUCGGAGCCGCGGCCGCCGUUGUACUCAUGGGCGUUGGUAUCCUCGCCGGUUGGUACUAUCGGCAGCGCAAGUCUAUUGCUGAACAAAGUUUGGGACAAGCCAAGGACCUGUCGGAGAGCUCGAGCAGCAUCGGACACGGUUCCCACAGGACACACUCGCCGGCACCACCGUCUUUUCAGCGAUCUCUAAACCAAAUGCCAGCAGGCGAAUGUCUUGAGCUUCCGGGUAGUCCUGUCAAUGUCGACCCGGCUCCCGGUAGUCCGGCCCAAGACGACAUCCCAAUUCGUUGUGUGGCAACAUAUCUUGUCAGACAGCAACAGCGUAUCUUGGAUAGCUGUCGCCCAGCAAGACCCAAAGACGACCCAAAAACGGGGCUGGCAAGCAUUGAUACCACCAACUCGCAAUGGGGAGUAACAUAUACCCGCAGUCCCGACGGAACUCUAGCCCCCAUGAGCGCAAUGACGGGUCACGGAAGUUUUGCGGUAACGCCAUGGAGCGCAACGCAGCCCAGUCCGGCCUCGGAGCUCCCAGUGGUCCGUAGAGGCCCGAAUGGCUAUGGUCCAGAAUAUGAGAUGGCCUCAGAUGUCACGGCGGCGGCCGGGAGGUCGGAGCGAGCAGCAGAAAAAUUUUUACUGUCCGACAUGGUUCUGUUCAAGAAGCAGCUGGUUUCGGAGAAGGCCGCGGAUGGAUAG